AUGAAAGAUUUGGGUUUGCUUAGUUACUUCCUCGGCUUGGAAAUUUCUCAUAAUCCUUCUGGUUACUUUCUCACCCAGGCCAAGUACACCUCUGAUCUCUUGGCUCGUACUGGUCUUACCAAUUGCAAGAUUGCUCCUAUUCCAGUUAAUCCUCAGACUCGUUUCACACCUCUUGACGAUCACUUGUUGUCUAGUACUACUAUACAUCAUCAACUAGUUGGCAGUCUUGUCUAUCUCACGUUUACUCGUCCAGACAUUGCCUAUGAUAUUCACAUUGUCAGGGAUCCUACUAACCGCCAUUCUACUACAGGAUUUUGCUUCUUCUUAGGUGACUCUCUCAUUGUCUGGCAUAGCAAGAAGCAAACUCUUGUUGCUCGUUCUAGUAUUGAGGCCGAGUAUCGUGCUCUUGCUGACACUACUCAAGAGCUGAGUACUAUUCAAAUUGCCCAUAAUGAUGUCUUCCAUGAUCACACAAAUCAUAUUGAAAUUGAUUGUCACUUCAUACAACAACAUGUUACUAGUGACACUAUUCGUCUUAUCUUUGUUAUCUUUGCUGAUCAAAUAGCCAACAUCUUCACCAAGGCUCAUCCUCCAGGACGCUUUUCUGCUUUACUUUUCAAGCUCAAGUUGAUAUCUGCAUUACCACCUAGACCUUGA